GGCGGCAUGGAUCUCAGCGAGCUGGAAAGAGACAAUACAGGCCGCUGUCGCCUGAGUUCGCCUGUGCCUCCUGUGUGCCUCAAGGAGCCCUGCGUCCUGGGCGUCGAUGAAGCGGGCCGGGGCCCGGUGCUGGGCCCCAUGGUCUAUGCUAUCUGCUAUUGUCCCCUGUCCCGCCUGGAGGAUCUGGAGGCCCUGAAAGUGGCAGACUCAAAGACCCUGUCGGAGAGCGAGCGGGACAGGCUCUUUGCGAAAAUGGAGGAGGACGGGGACUUUGUGGGCUGGGCACUGGACGUGCUGUCUCCAAACCUCAUCUCUACCAGCAUGCUUGGGCGGGUCAAAUACAACCUGAACGCCCUCUCUCAUGAUACAGCCACUGGACUAGUGCAAUUUGCGUUGGACCAGGGUGUGAACGUGGCCCAGGUGUUUGUGGACACCGUGGGGCUCCCAGAGACAUACCAGGAACGACUGCAGCAGCGUUUUCCUGGCAUUGAGGUGACAGUCAAGGCCAAGGCAGAUGCCCUCUACCCCGUGGUCAGUGCUGCCAGUAUCUGUGCCAAGGUGGCCCGAGACCAGGCUGUGAAGAACUGGAAGUUUGUGGAGAAACUGCAGGACCUAGACGCUGAUUAUGGCUCGGGCUACCCUAAUGACCCCAAGACGAAAGCCUGGUUGAGGAAACACGUGGACCCUGUGUUCGGCUUCCCCCAGUUUGUCCGCUUCAGCUGGCGCACAGCCCAGAGCAUCCUGGAGAGUGAGGCGGAAGACGUGACGUGGGAGGACUCGGAGACUGGGAAUCAGGAGGGACCCGGGAAAAUCAAGUCCUACUUCAGUGAAAGCCCCCAAACCUGCCCCCGCCUCCCCCAUCGGUACUUCCAGGAGCGGGGCCUGGAGUCAGCCACUGUCCUCUAGGAGCCAGCCUGGACCCCCUUUACCUGCCCCCGCCACACCCGUCCCUCCUCAGUUCGUGAUUAAAAUUCUUGAAGGAAA